AUGGGCUUGUUCAAGCGUGGCACUGGGAACGCGGCAGACGCCUCGCACUCCGCCAAGGCGAACACGUACAACUUUUCUGUGGUCUUCUUCAGUGCCUUAGGGUCAUUUACGUAUGGAUACAAUUCAUCCAUUAUCGGUUCCGUCUUUGGCUUGCCCGCAUUCUGGGCCUAUUUUAAUAUUUCUCUGACUGGACCGAAUGCUAAGCAAGGAAACGAUAUCAUUGGCGCUGCCAAUGGUCUAUUCGCUGGGGGAGGCAUCAUUGGUGCUCUCAUUGUCAACUGGAUACUCAACAGACUCGGGCGUUGCAGGUCCAUUCAGAUAGUCUGUGCCCUCUGCGUUAUCUCGGCCGCGAUCCAAGGGGGUGCGGUUCACAUUGCCAUGUUUCUGGUCGGACGCUUUCUGAAUGGUGUGGGUGUCGGGAUGAUGCAAGUCACCGUGCCUGCGUACAUGUCGGAGUUGUCACCUGCAAAGCAACGAGGUCGAAUGACGGGCUCACAUGGGGUUCUGAUUGUCUGCGGCUACGGAUCCGCCGCAUUCACCGGUCUGGGCUGCUAUUUUGCAGCGCCAGAAGUGCAGUGGCGACUAUGCCUCAGUCUGCAGGUUGUAGCGCCUCUGAUCCUCCUCUCCGGCUCGCCUUGGUUGCCCGAAUCUCCUCGUUGGCUCAUUUCAAAGAGCAAAGAGAGGCAGGCGCUCGAAAUUCUCCAAAAACUUCACUCUCGACCAGAUGAUCCGGCAGGUCUCGCAGCCAAAGAGGAAUUCUACCAGAUCUCCAAGCAGAUCGAGCUGGAGAACGCAACUGGUGUUCACGGAAUCUGGGGCAUGCUCAAGCGCGCUUCGUAUCGCAAGCGAAUAUACUCAGGCCUGCUGGUGCAAUGCGCAGCCCAGAGCACCGGCGUCUUAGUCAUCAACAACUACCAAGUCCUCCUGUACAACAAUCUCGGCCUGUACGGCUGGCUUCCUCUGCUCCUUUAUGCUAUAUAUACAUCGUGGGCUGCAUUUAUGAACUGGAUCAAUGCCAUGCUCCUCGACCGACUUGGCCGCAUUCCCAUCAUCACCUUUGGGCUGACUGGCUGCAUUUGCAUGAUGAUCGUCGAGACUGCUAUGGUGGCGACUUAUGCGGGAACGCCAAACAAGGGCGGCAACGCCGUGGGUGUCUUGUUCUUGUUUCUGUUCGUGACGUUCUAUGGAGGCAGCCAGGACGCCAGCAGCUACGUGUACUGCAGCGAAAUCUUCCCAACCGGCGUACGAGCCCACGGACUAGGCACCUCGAUUGCAGGCCUUUUUGCAUCGACAUUGCUCUACACCGAGGUCGCACCAACCGCAUUUGCCGACAUUGGCUGGAAGUACUACCUCGUCUUUAUCAUCGUUCCCGCGGCCUGCCUUCCAUUCUUGUGGCGUCUGCCAGAAACCAAUGGGCUCUCGCUUGAGGAGAUUGCUGCAAAAUUUGGGGACGAGGUUGCCGUUGACCUCUCACAUCUGGACGAGGAGCGCCGGCGCGCUCUUGACGAACGCCUCAUGGCAGUUGGGGUCGAUAUUACUGGGUCACCACCAAACGGGGGCGAGGUCGAGACUAAAGAGACUGUCAUGGCCAAGCAUCACGAGGCUGCGUGA